AUGGAAGGCGGCGAUCAGGACGUCGCCAUGGGCGGGGACGAUAGGCCUUCAAAUGAUACCACAACCACCAACGGAGUUGCGGUGCCUAUUGGCGGGGGACAAAAAAACGAGAAUACCACGUCGCCUGACGACGAGGAUGAAGAGGACGAUGAAGACUACGCAGAAUCUCCAGACCUGCAGGUUGCAGUUCAGCUGCGCAGGCGAGGGCUUUUGCCCACGGCAUGUUGCUACGAUGACCGUAUGAAGCUUCAUGUCAACGCCGACUUUGGGACCACGCCUCACCACCCAGAAGACCCCCGGCGAAUAGAGGAGAUUUUCAAAGCAUUCAAGAGGAAUGGUCUGGUUUACAACGGCCCAGAAAGCAAGAUAAGCGAUGUACUUCGCGACACCCCGACGAGAUACAUGUGGAGGAUCGGCGCUCGUGAAGCAACCAAGGAAGAAAUUCUUACGACACAUACUCCGCUACACUACCACUGGGUCGAGAGCUUAUCGAAAAUGGACUACCCUACGCUGAGAGAGACGAGCCGACAAUAUGACCAAGGCCGUGCCUCGCUCUAUGUCGGCAGCCUGACUUUCACGGCUGCCCUUCUUUCUUGCGGUGGCGCCAUUGACACCUGCAAACAUGUCGUCCAGGGCAACGUCAAGAAUGCCUUUGCUGUCAUCAGACCCCCUGGUCACCAUGCAGAGUACGACCAACCCCUCGGCUUUUGCUUCUUCAACAAUGUGCCCGUCGCUGUUAAGAUCUGUCAGCAAGAGUACCCAGAGGACUGCAGAAAGGUACUCAUAUUGGAUUGGGACGUACACCACGGCAAUGGCAUCCAGAACAUAUUCUACGACGAUCCAAAUGUCCUGUAUAUCUCCCUUCACGUCUACCAGAAUGGUCACUUCUAUCCGGGUCCGCCAGAAAAUGCAGAAAUACCCGACGGAGGCCUUGAACACUGCGGUACAGGACCUGGCUUGGGAAAGAACAUCAACAUCGGAUGGCAUGACCAGGGCAUGGGGGAUGGCGAAUACAUUGCCGCCUUUCAAAAGAUCAUUAUGCCUAUCGCCAAGGAGUUCAAUCCCGACUUGGUCGUCAUUUCUGCUGGAUUCGACGCUGCCGAUGGAGACGAGCUCGGCGGUUGCUUCGUGACGCCGUCCUGCUACGCACACAUGACCCAUAUGCUCAUGUCUCUAGCAGACGGCAAGGUCGUUGUGUGCUUAGAGGGUGGCUACAACCUGCAAGCGAUCUCCACAUCAGCUGUGUCAGUCGCUCGUACGCUGAUGGGAGAACCGCCACCGAAAAUGAACUUGCCCUCGCUGAACAAGGACGCGGCCAGGGUCCUCGCCAAGGUUCAGAGUUAUCACGCGCCGUACUGGGAAUGCAUGAGACCCGGCAUUAUUCCAGUACCAGAUCUUCAAGACCUCCACGCGACAAGACUUCACGACCACAUUAGACUUGGCCAACGGCAGAGCCUGUCACAACGCCACCAGAUGAUCCCUCUCUUCAUACAGAGGGAUAUGCUCUUCAAAGCCUACGAAAACCAGGUCCUCGUAACCCCAGACAUUCCGUCGGCACGCCGUAUCCUUGUCAUCUUUCAUGAUCCGCCGGAGCUGCUGGCUCAACCUGAUGUGGUUGACCGCCACGUGGAAUCCCAUAACGCCUGGGUUGUCGACAGCGUCGAACAGUACAUCGAUUGGGCCGUUGGCCAAGGCAUUGCGGUAAUGGAUGUCAACGUCCCGAACAAGGUUCUACGAGACGAAGACAUGGAACCUUACACUCAUCAGACAGGAGAGAAUGAGCUCCUGGCCGAGCUUCAAGAGCUGGCGAACUACCUGUGGGACAAUUACAUCCAACUCUACGAAGAGGCCGACGAUAUCCUUCUUAUUGGCGUGGGUCGGGCGUACAGUGGAGUCAGGGCGCUUCUGACAGGUCGAGACUGCAAAACGCGAGUUGCUGGAGUUGCUUGCUUUGUCAAGGGCAUGUUGCGACCCGUCAAGUCCGAUGUCGACACCGAGCUUGCCCCAUGGUACAAGGAACACUCCCAGAUCUACGUGGAGCGCGAUCAUGCUUGUUGGAGCCGUCCAGAUACGAAGCAUAGAGUGACCAAGCGGCGCUUUGGCACGGUGAUCCGGAGUCCAGAGAACGGCGUCCAAAAGAUGGCGCAAACCCACGCCAAGGAGGUCCAGAAAUGGAUGUUGGAGAUGCUUUCGGCUCGUCAGAACGGGGAUACUACAGAAGACGAUAAGAUGACUUGA